UCAUGUGAGCACAGUUUUUCAUGUAAGGUGUGAGUGGUGUGCUAAAGCUUCCACAAUAAUUUUCCAGUCAGUACAUUUUUACAGUUUGCCUUGGUAACCUGAGCUGGAUUCGCUCUGGUGGUCUGGGCAGAGAUUGGUUGGUUGGAUGGGCGAGCUUUUAGAUGUUCGGUGGGGGUCGGCGGUAGAAGGGAGCGAGUGAGGGGUUAGACCCCACUAAUCCGCGUUAACAGAUUAAUUAUCUUGGAGCAACAUCGUGUCAGUGCAACGUUUUGAACUCGCUUGGGCGUUCAGCAACGAAGGGCUACAAUGCAACGAUAAAGAGUCCCUCAGGGGUGUCUCCUCAAUCCUAAUCCCUCCCUCUCUCUCUCUUUCUCUCGUUCGCUAACCCCUGCUCGCCGAGAGCUCCUCGCCCAUCCAUCAACACAAGCACCUCUCCACUGUCACCAGACAACCACACAGUUAUUGACCAUUUAAUAUUUCAGCAGCUGUUACAGUUGCCACCCUCGUUUUUCAUCCCGUCUCACGUUGGCAUGUCUCUGAGCCGUUUCUUUGAGGAUGAUCAAUUUUCAAGCACGUCCAGCGUUGACGACAGGCACUAUAGCUCUCUGAGUGGGUAAAUAUUUCACGGACACCGGCAAAGAGAGAGAAGACAGAAGGAGACAGAAAUCUCCCAGCAGCCGACUUAGGAGGGGACCGCUGGCAGUGGAAAAUGGCCGCCAUGAUCACAGUGCCCAGCUAUUCUCCUUCAAUAUGGGUGAGGAUGUGUCAUGCCCUGCCCCGGCUGGACCUCAGCAUGCAGAUGAGGGACAACAUCUUCGCCCCCGACAGCUGGGAGUACCAGCAGACUCUGCUCAUUUUGUCCAGUCUAUCGGCCAUCGCUCUCGUCAUCUCCCUCCUGGUGAUCCUGUCCUUCCUCAUACAUUACUGCUGCUGUCACCGCGGGGACCGGAACGAGGGUUCGGAGGAGGAGGACGAUGAUGAAGACGGCAGCACGGGUCAUGGUUACAGCGGGAAGAAGGGGAGGGGCAUCUGCUGCGUCACCUGGGUGGCGGUGGCGGCUGUUACACUGUGCUGUGUUGCCAUAGGCAUCGGUUUCUAUGGCAACAGCGAGGCUCACGAUGGGAUGUAUCAGUUGACCUCGUCUCUUCUCACAGCCAAUUACACGCUAGCUUCCAUCGAUCUGCUGAUUUCAGACACCAUUACUGGACUGCAGCUCUCCGUCUCUGGCCCUCUCAGCUCCAUGGAGGAGAUGUUUUCCGGCAGCAAGCCGUUCCUGGUGUCGACGCGGAACUGCCGGCGACUGUCCGAGAACGUGAUAAACCUCCUCUCCUCCAUCUCCCUGGCUCGGUCCAGCCUGGAGGCGGGGCCGGGAAACGACAGCAGCAUCAGCGGGGCGUCCAUCACGCCCCUGACGCCCGUCCCGCCCUCUGUGGUUCCCACGGUGGUGCCCACCAGCAGCUUGUUGCCCAACCCCUUCACCCCUGGGUGGGCCGCCAACACGCUGAUAGUCAAUGAGGACUACAGGUGGCUGUCGUACGUGUUGCUGCUGCUGCUCGACCUCAUAGUGUGUCUGUUCAUCCUGCUUGGACUGGCCAAGCAAGCCCGCUGGCUGCUCAUCCUGAUGACCGUGCUGGCAUGGCUGGCUCUCUUCCUUAGCUGGGGCUCCCUGGGCUUGGAAACGGCCACGGUGGUGGCCCUCAGCGACUUCUGCUCUGAACCAAACACGUUCGUCCUCAACUCCACCCAGAUCACCACCGGCACCAGCUCAGACGUGUUGGAUUAUUACCUGACCUGCAGCAGGAGCAUGAACAGUCCAUUCCAGCAGCUGCUGACCCAGUCUCAGAGGGCGCUGUCAAGCAUCCACACACACCUCUCCAGCCUGGACAGGAAUGCUCUGCCACAGUUCCCCAAAGCCGAGAAAUCACUCAGGGAGGUUCAGCAGAUACUCAACACCACAGAGGGCAACUUUCAUCAGCUGGUGGCACUGCUGAACUGCAGGAUCCUUAAUAAGGACUACAUUGACUCGCUCAAAGGCCUGUGUUAUGACGGAAUGGAGGGAUUGCUCUACCUCUCCCUUUACUCUUUCCUCUCUGGCCUGGCCUUCACUGCCAUCCUUUGCUCUCUGCCUGGAGCCUGGAGAAGCUUUCCCAGUGAAUCAGAGGAGUAUGACGACUCGGACAGCGAGAGUGAGGACCCCUUCACCUCCCAUCAGGCACGUAGACAGGCAUCCUCGGGGUCUCAGCGAGGGGCAAUGGCCCCCUUCUAUAAUUACCCGGGGGCCGGGUGGACACCCCCCUUUUCUAGUGCGCCGCCCCUCCCCAGUUCAGGUGCACUGCUGUGCCGGAGGGGGAGGGCGUCUCUGACGAGGCUGCGCUCGUAAAAAUCUCCGGCGAUGUGAGGCUCAGGUUGUCAAUAGGUAAACCCCUCGGCCCCCCUACUCCCCACUCCUGCAUCAUCGCUGUCAUCCGUCUCCCCACUGUGGUGUCCGGAUCGCUCAGGUUACUAUCUCCCUGCGAACUGUCCUGCUGCUUUUCUCUCUCCAAGAUCCUUCUGAUCCCCGUUUGGUUCCCCUUCUUUUUCGCUCCCUCCUCCCCUCAAAUCAUUUGGUGCUGUCUUGCUAUAAAUUACUCUGAUUAGUCUCAUUGAUAAUAAUAUUAUCACACAGAUACAAAUAUACUGACAUAUCUUAGGAAGAGAGCAAGCACUAUAGCAUAGUCCACUCAUUUUAAAUUUACUCAGACCUCUGCAAAAACACAAAAUCUUACCAAGUAUUUCUGGUCUAGUUUCUAGUGCAAAUAUCUGUGAAAGAACACAAAAAUAACUUUUAAGCACAAUACCGGAGCUUGCUUGAAGUAAAUAAUUCCUUGAUAUUGAUGAAAAAGUACUAGUUUACCCAGCAGAUUAUUUCACUUUUAACAAGACAUAUUCUCAUGUUAGAAGUGAAAACAAUCUGCCAGUGGAACAAGACAUUACAGCUUAUAAUAUUGGAAAAAUUUCCUGUUCAUAUGACAGAUUAUUUCACUUAUAACUAGUAAGUACAACUAUUUUUUUGAUCAGUAUUAAGGAAUUAUUUAUAUAAAACAAGCUCCUAUUUCUUGUUACUUAAGCUAAUUUUUGUGUAUUAAGAUAUUUGCACUAGAAACUCGACCAAAAAUACUUGGUAAGGUUUUGAGUUUUUGCAGUGUGCAAGUCAAAGUUCAUUAGAGCAAAUAACAUUGGAGCUGGUAUAUUGGUGAUGAAUUAGCCUUAAAUGCAGGUUUCUGUUUGCAUCAGGAGUGGACUGUGUGCCUGUCUGGCCCUCGCAGCGCUUCCAUAGAGGGCCAGUGGUGCUUAUAGUUACACUAAGUGCUGUGCUUUUCUGCACUUUAUUUCUAAUCUCUCUCUUCUUCUUUCCUUUUACCUGUCUUUGGGUCCCGUCACCCUGCGGCCCUCUCGUCCCCCGUGUCAUUCUGAUUGUGUCUCACCCCUGCCUCCCCUUCUCUUCCCGCUCCUUCUCUCCCUCCCUCUUCU